CGUCAUUGUCCCAAGUGUAUUAAAGAAACCGUUCCGGCUUUCGUUUUCUUAUUCCACAAAAGUAAUUAUUAAAUCAUAAACCAGCUGAAAUACAUCAAGAAAAAAGGUACCCAAAAAAAAUCUAAAAAAAUCCCAGCUCAUAUCGUGGUAUCAAAUUUUUUUUCCCUUAAAUUACGCAAGGGGAAAGUUAUCUCGGAGCAAACCGGGCGCGCUUAGGGGAGUGAAUCGACAACUCGCCUGAUCUGGCGUGGUUAUGUCACGGCUGAGCCUCUACAUACAGGCGUCGGCCCCCGUUCGGUAAUAUUGUCGAUCUACGUACAACAUCUGAUUGCACUUAGAUCUCAGACCGACAUUAUCAGAGCCUCAAAUUCGACUGGGUAUACGAGCAAGGAGUUGUCGUCGCGUUGGCCCAAGUCCCGUAAUUCACCAUUUGCAUUGGCCGGCGUGACCGCAUCCGGUCCACACACACCCGGGACAUCCCAGAGAAGGGUCCCGAAUACUUGAUAUAAAUAGUCCUUGUGUCCUAGGAGUACGUGUCUAGGUUUUCCUUUGAAGCCUCGACGACGUGCCUUUUGUGUUUCUGUUGACCCUAUUCUACGUAUCUUUACUCCUGCUCAUAUUUGCACGUCAUGGCUCACUCCCAUCUCUCGAUAGAUUCCCUCCCGAACGAGAUCAUUAUCAAUGUUCUGAACAAUUUCCCGACUCGCUCGCUGUUGCCCCUUGCUGUUGUCUGCCGCCGCUUCUAUGGACUUGUUGGCCGAGUGCACUACACCCGUCUUGUGGAGACCUCGAGGCUGCGGGACCACGAAGUAAUCCUAGAAAGCUUUCACCCGAGUGAGAAGCUCAGUACGCCAUCGCUUCAUUGCGAAUUCCAAGGGAUGCACGGCCUCACCGAGGCUGGCGAAGUUGCUAACCUCGGAGAGCUCAACAACAUAUACGCACGCUUUCGCCCACACCUCGACUCCGAAAAGGCAACUGGGCAGAUUAUUCAAAUGCCGUCGCACGAAAUCUCCUUGGAUUCCGGCGAGCUCUUCUCACAACUAUGCACGAUUACCAACCUUGUAAAGGUGGGCCCAAGACGCGGUUUUUUCUCCAGCUUCGCCAACAUCACCGACAACGUGAUCCGUGUAUGGCGUGACUGGUUAAGCGAAGCAGCAAAGGCAGCAGCAAGGACGCAGCAGCGUGUAGAUUCGGAUUCAGACGAUCGGACCAUCUUAUGGACCGAUUCUUCCAAGACCGUCGGCAUCAGAUUCCGAGUCGUCGAGGAUGAGAGCGCACCAGCACCCGUCCUCUUAGGCCGAGAUGACGAGCCCUCGGUUUCGUAUUCAUUAGAGUACCAAGAAUUGCUGAUAAGAGCAAACUGGCUACUUCUCAGCUUCGAGUCAUCCGAGACUCAAGAAGAAAUGCAUGCAGGAGCCGUUUACUUUCCUGGUACUGGCGCAAUUUACCAGCCAUGCUAUAACUUCUUGCAGUGCGCUGUCCCAUCAGAACGACUGUUCCAGUCGAUAGCUACGACGUUCGUUAUGUAAACCGCCACGAAGCGGUCGGGUACGGACUUACGGAGACCUUAAUGAGAUAUGAUUUGUUCAUUUUCUGGAUAUAAAAUUGGGACAGGAGGCGUUAGUCAUAUAAGACCGUGGUAUUCGGCGGUAGGCUUUCGUCGUUGAAAAUUACUGGGUGGGCUUUAAUUUUUUACAUAGGUUAGGUACCUACAUAGUAUACCGCGUAUGGAGAGAUAGUGUCUCUUGGAAGACGGACUGGAUAGAUUUAGAGAUCGGAUAUAAUAAUACCUUAGAACUUGGAUAUUCACAUAUUUUUUUUUUCUUCAUUCUACUGAUCCGUUAUUAAGUGGAGAGAUGGGAUGACUUUUCUGUAGAACGUAGAACGUAGAACUGAAAA